AUGGAAAUGGACGGGUCCCAGUCGCCGAGCAAGGCGAAGCGCUCGCGUACCGAAAUGGAGGCUGACAGCGCCGUCUCUGCAAAAGAAGCUCCUGUGCAGGCUCUGGAUGACGGUAUGUCCCUUGUGCAUCCGUCGCGCGUCAAGUUCCUAACAACCUCCCCAGACGAUACUUCCUCCUCCUCCGAUGACUUUGGUCCCGCCCUUCCGUCUUCAGCGCCGAAGCGAAAAAAGCGCAAACUGCCCUACGAGAAGCUUUACGUCGCUGCGCUGCCCGGCGCGACCCGCUACUCCAGAUCGCUAAUGCACCGCGAGCAAUUAUGCUUUACCACCUUUACCCCCCACACCGAUUUCCUCAUAACGAGCUCUGUCGACGGCGUGGUCAAGUUCUGGAAAAAGGACUUUGGCGGCGUAGAGUUUGUCAAAGAAUUCAGGGCGCAUACCGGCGAGAUCAAGUCUGUCAACGUGAGCGCCGACGGCCGUAGCUUUGCUACUUCCGGCUCGGACAAGACAAUCAAGAUCUUCGAUGUCGUCACCUUCGAUCUGCUGGCCAUGCUGAGCGUCGAGUACACGCCUAGAGCGGUUUGCUGGCUGCACGGCCGAGGCGCAAGCUUUCCUCAACUGGCCGUCAGCUCCGAAGAAGACAGUUGGAUCCGCAUUUACGAUGGCAGAGGGGAGAAUCCAGAGCCGUUACACAUGCUCAGGAGCGUUCACAGGGCGUCAGUGAACCUAAUGGCAUACAAUAGCGAAUUCGACUGUGUUGUGAGCGUCGAUCAAGGUGGUAUGGUGGAAUACUGGAGGCCCAAUGGAAACUUUGAGAAGCCAGACAAUGUUUGGAGGCUGAAGAGCUCUACCAGUCUGUUUGACUUCAAGAAGUCAAAAAGUGUGCCCUCGUCGCUUACCAUAUCUCCCACGGGGAAGCAGUUUGCGACGCUUUCAUUCCCGGAUCGCAAGGUCCGCGUCUUCGACUUUGCCACCGGCAAACUUCAUCGCACGUACGACGAAUCAAUCGAGACCAUCACCAGCAUGCAACAGGCUGGUACCGCUGUCCAGCAUCUGGAAGACAUGGAGUUUGGUCGACGCAUAGCCAUCGAAAGAGAGCUCGACCAGCCUAUGACGAGGUGUCGCAUGAAUGUGACAUUUGAUGAGACAAGCAAUUUCAUCCUAUACGGCAGCAUGUACGGCGUCAAAGUGAUCAACACACUGACCAACAAGCUUGUGAAGCUGUACGGCCAGGAAGAAUCCAUCAGACCGCUAUGGCUGUGCCUCUACCAAGGGCAACCAGAGAAAAAGGGUGUUGUCACUGUCGAAAUGGCAGCGAGCGAGAACCCGUUACUACAGGAAGCCGAGGCCAGAGAUGCCAUGCUCGUCACUACAGGUUCUGGCAAGGUCCGUUUCUACAUGUACACUAACGAUGCCAGCGCUACCAAGUCGACCCGUGAUGUGCAGAACGAAAAGCCUCGCGUUGCUGCCUCCAGCAAACAAAGAGACGACAAAGCACUCGCCGCAACAGGCACUACAGCUACUCUCCACACCACCUACGGCGAUAUUACCAUCCGUCUCUUUCCGGACGCCGCUCCCAAGGCCGUGGAAAACUUCGUCACACACGCGCGCAACAACUACUACAACAACGUCAUAUUCCACCGCGUGAUCCGCAAAUUCAUGAUACAGACUGGUGACCCACUUGGUGACGGCACUGGUGGAGAGAGUAUUUGGGGCAAGGAGUUUGCAGAUGAGUUCUCCAACUUGAGACACGACAAAGCCUACACAGUGAGCAUGGCGAAUGCCGGCCCAAAUUCGAACGGAAGUCAAUUCUUCAUUACCACCGAAAAGACGCCCUGGCUUGACAACAAGCAUACCAUCUUCGGACGAGCGAUUGCUGGGAUGGAUGUUAUUCACAAAAUCGAGAAUACCAAAGUAUACAAAGAGAAGCCGGAGGAGGAUAUUAAGAUCAUAAGCAUUUCCAUUUCUUGA